GUGAAAUUUCAUCCCACUGAAGACAAAACUGUAAUUAGUGGAUCGACUGAUGGUAUUAUAAACUUAUUUGAUGUUACUCAAACCACCGAGCAAGAUGCUCUUCAAUCAAGUUUUAAUACAAACUCAUCUGUUGCAAAUUUAAGAUGGUUUAAAAAUAAAAAUAAGGAUUCAAUCAUAUCUUGUGUUACACACACAGAGGAUGUACAAUUAUGGCACAUAACAGAUUCUUCUCCGUAUAGUAUUAUUCCCAGGGACACAAUUAGUAGUUCAAUGAAUGUAAAACCUGAUUUAUUUAGUCAAAUAAUCAAUUGUCAUCAAACAGAUGAAAAUGGAAAUAUUAUGUUGUUAGUUGGAAAUGAUAAUAGCAGAGGAGAACAUUUACAGUCACUUGAUGUUAUAAAUCAUGGUCCUGAAUUGUCACCUAGGAGUUUAUUCAAAAAUAAUAAACAAAUUGUUAGAUGCAGUUGGUAUGAUUAUAAUCAUGGUAUAAUGGUUACUGGUGGUGAAGCUGGUAUACUAAAUGUGUGGGUUCCAAGUGAUGAUGAAAAUAAUUCAGUUGACAAUACUGGGAAAUGCACAUUAAAAGAACUACCAAAAGUAAGCCUGAAAAAUCAUUCUUCUAAACCAUAUUAAUUUGGUUACAGGAAAUUUUAAUUUUAGAUUAUUGAAAAGUAUGUCUUCUGUGUUAAAAUAAACAAUUUGAUCUAUAAA